AUGUCCUCCCCCUCGACGCGCUCGAUAUCCCUACCCGACCUCCCCUCGGAGCUUAUCAGUCAUGUCCUCUCGUACCUGUCGCCUUCCGAUCUCGUUUCCAUCUCCCUGACAAACCACGUACUCAGGGCCAACUCCCUUGCGGACCACCUGUGGCAGAGUCUUGUCCAGUCAAAUGUGCCCGGCAUCAAGCUCACAACUCCCAGCCCGUGCGCCUCAUUCCGAGAGCUGUACAUCGCACACGACCCGCGCUGGUUUCUGACAAAGUACAAGGUCUGGUUCUGCGACCGCGACUUGACCGGGAAGCUGGUUAUCGUCCGCUACGAUGGGCGCCGCGGUGUCAUCGAGGGCUACCAGCUGUUGGCCAACCGCCCAGUAGCUUCCACCAGCACCAGCCACCAGAGCCUCAGCGAGCAGGAGCUGGUCAUCCACGAGUUUGAGCCAGAACUGAAGCUUCACCUGGACAAGCCUGUGCUGCAGAUGAGGGCCAACAGCCUGGAAAAUGCCAUCCGCGUGACCACCGGGCGGUCGCCAGCACCCUCAAUCAAGGCCGCCUCCAGCGCAGGCCCCUUGCCCAGCAGGCCCUCGCCAGCUGUCGAUCACGCUUCAACAAGGGUCGGCACGCCCGUCCACGUGAACAGAUUCUCCGCCGAAACGCCGCUGGACAAUAGGUUCACUGACAACAUGUUCAACACCCUCAUACUAGCCCGCUCUCUUCCAGACUCUCUGGCCAGCGAGCGUCAGCUCCUACCUUUUCCCUACGGCAACACCUGGCCGCCCCCUUCUAUCCCUGCGGACACGAGGGUGUCCACGGGGGACCUGAUCGGCCCUGAAGACAGGCCCACAGCCAGGCAUGAGAUUAACGAGAGAUCAUUCAGAAUCCGCUCGUGGAUAGAAAUGCGGCCUGCAGGACUGCGUGGGGUGUCGAUGGGUUGGAUCGGGCCCUCUCUUCUUGGAGAAAACGACUGGCCUUCCAACAACGCAGUCUUUGGGCAGGCUUCCCGCGCCUGGCUGUCCAACUAUAUCCCUGGGAUGCACCCUUCCAUGAGCACGCACAUUGGCGACCAGAUCACCACGUACUCAACGCUAGAUCCUGAAUUAUAUACCCCAACUCUAAGCCAGCCCUGGAAGGGGAUAUGGGUUGGCGAUUACAGCGCGCACGGGUGCGAGUUCCUGCUCAUUACACAAAAUCACCCGACCCCGUUUGACGAGGCGGCCUUUGAUGCAACGCGAACCGAGGAUGAGUCUGCCGCAGACUUCGAAAAGCGCAAGACGGACGCCAGGAGGUACCGGGGCCGUCUCGAGGCUAUCAAGUUGACUGGAGACCCCAACGUACCGCGUGGUGAAUGCACGUUUUUGGCAGAAGACCUCGGCGAACAAGGGCUUAUCACUACAGUCGAGGAGGAGCCCUUCAGGGGCGCCAGGGUGGUCAGGAGCAAGGGCCACGUGGCCCAGACAGGAUUUUACAUCAGGUCGCAGCUGCUCCUGAUAUCGGAGAAGAGGCUCGCCCAGUACUGGGUAGGAUUUGGUCACAUCAGUUUCUUCGAGAAGGUCGACAUUGAUCAAUUCCUCGUGCCGGACUAG